UUUGAUGUUAAACACUGAACAUACCCCUUUACACAUUGUUGACAUUUUAACACGUCAUAUAUUAUCGAUAGAAAAAUAAUAAAGAACUUUUAACAAAAGUUAUAAAAAUUUAAUACAAAAUAAGCUUAUAAAUCAACACAUUCAACAUGAGUAAAAUCCCCCAAGAAGAAGAUACCAACUCUACCUUGUUCUAUGCCCGCAAUGAGUAUUACAUUGGUAAUUUUAUGGGUUCCGUCAAUUUUGUUUUACCCGAACAGGGCACGGCCGGAGCAGAAUUAUUGUCUUACAUGUAUUUGUCCUAUUUGGCCAUAGAUUCUGGUAGAUUGAUAGCCAGUGAUAUUAAGGAAAACAAUAACACUCCCUUAUUGGCUUUGCGCUAUAUCAAUGAGGCAUUUGAACAGCCUGAGAAAAUUGAGGAAAUAUUAGAGAAACUUACUGAUAAGGUAGCAAUCGAGGAGGAUGAAACCAAUAUCUGGCAUAUAGCCACCGCCAUAGUCUACUGCUAUGAUCAACAAUUUGAAAAUGCUUUAAAAAUUUUGCACGGUUCUACUAAUUUGGAAUCCAUGGCUUUGUCGGUGCAAUGUUUAUUGCGCUUAAAUCGUGUUGACUUGGCUAAACAGUUGGUGGGCAAAAUGCAAGAAAUCUCGGAUGACCAUACAUUGACACAGUUGGCUCAAGCUUGGGUGGCUUUAUCUUUGGGCACUGAACAAAUGCAGGAUGCUUUCCAUAUUUAUCAAGAAUUUUGUGAGAAAUAUAAGCCCACCCCCUUGCUAUUGAAUGGCCAGGCUGUGGUCCACUUGGGUUUGGAAAGAUAUGAAGAGGCUGAAGCUGUUUUGAGGGAAGCAUUAACUAAAAAACACAAUGAUUAUGACACUUUGAUCAACAUGAUGGUUUUGUCGCAUUUAACUGGAAAAUCUCAAGAGACCAUUCAACGUUACUGGGAGCAAUUGAGACAAUUUUAUCCUAAAAGUGUAUUUGUUAAGGAUUUUGAUAAGAAGUCGUCGGAAUUCGAUAAUCUAUGCUUGCAGUAUUCUUUAGAGGGAACCGCCUAAAUUAGCUUUAAAUUUAAACCCGUAUCUAACAUAUAAUUCCAUAACUACUUUAUUAUUUCAAUAUGUAAAAUAAACUACAAAGUAAAUCAA